UAACAACUAGCUACAGCAGUACUAACUGGUGAAAGAUCAUGACCAGUGCAGAUCAAAGUACGAGCCCCGUCCCCGAGGCCGACGGAGGCUCAGCUGGAGAGUUUGUCCUCAAGAAACUGUUCGCUGGGUUUGUGGCAGUGAGCGAGAGAAAGCUUCAACACGCCUGCAACCAGCCUCUGGACUACUCGCUGGCCAAAGGCCUUGUGAGAGGAGAAGAUGCUCAGUUUGAUCAGAUCCUCAGUGCUCUGAAUGAGGUGUCAAGUUUCUGUCUCCGCUCGAUGUUGACUGCCAUAUUCAAAUGGAGGGACAUGCAGAUUGAACAGUGUCGCAGUAAUCCUGACCUGACCAGUCUCUCCAACAGUGAGACAACAGACACGGGACUCCCAGCUAGCAAGAAGGACAGAGCUCACUUCAUUGAACGGCGUGAGCUGGCAGUGGAGUUUGUGUUCUGUCUGGUGUUGGUGGAGGUGAUGCCACGGCUCUCCGUCCACCCCGUGCCAGAGUCCUUCAUUCACAGCAUCGAGGAUCUGGCUUUCACUCACUUCAAACUGCAGGAGUCCCUCAAAGACCACAGGGCCCUCUCCAGCCCAAAUGUGACUAACAUGAGGAAGAUUGCGGACCUUUACGCAGAGGUCAUUGGUGUUCUGAGUCAGUCUCGAUUCCAUUCCGUCAGACGCCGAUUCUUCCUUGAGAUCCGGAACCCAGAUUACAGCCCGGCAACAGUCAUCUCCAUCAUUGAGGGCAUGAGCUUCGUUAGAGUGAAGAUGUUUCCAGUAGAGGAGCUGGAGCAGUGGUUUGUCUUUCUCCAGGAGUGUGCAAGGUUCUUUCUGGACUGCCCGCGGGAGAAGAUCAAGGCAGCUAUGAGUGCCCUCCUGGUGGAGAUCCUUCUGCCUGUUGCAGCUGUCAUCAAUUUAGAGGCAUCUCUACCAGUCGCCAAGAAACUGGUGUCCCUGCUGUAUGGUCACUGUAUGGAGCAUGCCAGAAGAGCUCGCUAUAGCAAUACUUACAUCCCUCUGGCUACUGUCCUGCUGGCCAUCAGUGAACAAACCUUCUUCCUCAACAACUGGCACCUCUUCCUUGUGCAAAACCUCCUCCCCAGCCUCAAGCGUGGAGACACUAAGAUCCAUAACAUAGCUCUGGUCUCUCUUUAUCGACUUGUCUGGGUGUAUAUGGUUCGGAUAAAGGGAGAGAGCAACAAGACUACCAUGUUGAGACUGAGGACUGUACUGGACACCCUCUUCCCACGCGGCCAGAGAGGAGUCAACCCAAAGGAGAUGCCGCUCAACAUCUUCGUCAAACUCAUCCAGUUUAUUGCCAGGGAGAGGCUGGAGUAUGCGAUGCAGGAAGUGAUUCUGGAGCUGUUGAGUCAAGGGAAGACCAAAACCGCCAUCUACCCAGAGAGAAUGAUCAUUGGUCUACGAGCAUUUCUAAUGAUCACAGAUAGUCUGGAGAAGAAGGAGGGGGAUCCCCCUAUGCCAAUUAACCCCGGCCCCCUGCCAUCCAGGGGAGUGUCGAGGGUUAAAAAUCGCUUUCUCUCCAACACCCUCAGUGAUGAGACGGCAAGGAAGAUUGGGAUCAGCCAGUUCUAUCCUGCCGUGCGGAGAGCCCUAGAUGGAAUUCUGAGGUCUCUGGACCACCACGUUGGUCGCCAGCUCACCUCCACCAACCCACAGACUGGGAAGAGCGUUGAGGAGAUCCUAAGUACAGUGAAACCCAAACUGGACCUGCUGAAGACCUGUGUGGCUGCCAUUCCUCGCAUCCUCCCAGACAACACGAAUCAAGAAUACCUGACAGACCUGCUCUCCCGACUGACAAUCCACCUGGACCAUGAGCUCGGCAGAGCUGCAGCCAACUCCCUGCACACCAUGGUUACCAACUACCCCACCUGGCGACACAGCAUAGUGCAGGUGUUUGUCCAGUUUCUGCUGAGGGACGUCCCUGACUCGUGUCCUCUGGUCCUGGAGGCCACACUAAAACUGCUCAUCCAGUUUGUGAGGGACUGGAGGCAGCUAGUCACUUCUCCCGACAGACAAACAGGGGCUGAGGAAAGCAGUGAGGAGCAGAAGAAGGGAGAAGAAGGGUACUGUAUUCCAUGGGUGGAGGCCUGUGGACUGGUGACUCUAUGCAGUUAUCGCUCAGUGACUCGCAGAUUCAGCCUUGUUCUGCUAAAGGAGGUUCGCAGUCUGCAUGAGGCUUUGGCUGGCCAGCCCAACCGGGUGGAGGAGACUCCAGUCAUGGAUAUCAUUGAACUGGCCACUCCUGCCAUUGUGAAGCGCUAUCUAUCCACCCUCUCCGUCGCCCAGAGAACUGAGCUACGAGUUACCAACCAGGCCCUAACACUCACUUGGCUGGCAGAUCGUGCUGCUUGUUUCCUCGAACAAGGAGGUAGCCGUGCCGCCAUGCGGGACCCCUGGGCCCUCUGCCUGGCAGGGCUGAUGGAACCCUCUCUCCUCCCGAAGGCCUGUCAGUCUGCCACUCGCCUGGCUUGGCCCUACCUCUACCACCGCAUGGCAAAGGCCUACAUGGUUCUGGACCCAGCAGGACUGGUGGCUGACAAGGGAGACAAGCCCUCCUCCAUGCGUGGGAAGGGGCGCCCUAUUGUCAGCACUGUCGAGACUUUUCUUUGGAGGAACUACUUCAUAUUUGCCUCGUGUUCUGCCCCUCCAUCCUCUAGUCAGGAGAGUUCUCAGGAUGGCGCUGGUCGACCUUUCCCUACAGCGAGGGACCUGUUUCAGCGUGUGGUGCCCCUAAUUCGCUGGGACGGAGAGAUCAGAGAGGUGGCAGUUACUGCUCUUGGUCUCGUGAACCCUCCAGCCUUUGGUGAUUUGGUGGAGCAACUCCAACCAGUGAUCCACGAUGCUCUGGAACAGAGGAAGGACGUGAAGAGAAGACGGAGGAGAGAGGCUCUGAAGAUACAGAUUACUCGUGUGUUCUCCCUCGCUGCUGAGCACGGUUGUUUCCAGCACAGCCAUGUCGCACGUACCGAGCAUGGGCAGCUGUCACCUGUUCUACUUGACUUUAUUGAGGGAAUCAAAUCACACUUUGACAGUGAGAAAGAAGGAGUCCACAGUUAUCCUGAGCUGAGGCUACAUUUCGCAGGCCUCAUCGCAAACAUUAUCAAUGGAGUUCCACAGGGAGAGAGUCGAAUGCUGCUCCUCUCUCCUGUAACCCGACAAGGCCUGUUUUACCUGUUUGCCACCUGGUGUGGCCUGUGGCAGAGAGUUGACGUUGACACAUUGGCCAGAAACCCUCAGAUCUCAUUCAACUCACUGCAGGCAAUGUCUGCCCUCCUCUGCUGUGGGCCUGUGUUUCAGGCUGACGGACUCGAGAAAAACAGCCUCCUAUACAGAUGGCUGGACAACAUGCUCAACUGCAAAGAAGGAAGGGUGCAAGCUCUAGGGCAGCGUACAGUACAGCUGUUGCUAGCCAACAAUGCCAACUGCCCCACACUCCUUCGCUGGGUGGUGGAUCGGUGCUAUGACAACCAGCCUGGAGCAGCUCAGCUGUGCUUCCAUGCCUUGGCCACUACCAUGGAAACCUUCCCAGACUACCCUUUUGACAUGGUAACUGUACUCCACGUGGUUCUGUUCAAGACAGCGGACCCUGAGCCCUCAGUGAGGGAGAGAGCAAUGCAGCUGCUCCAACUGCUGGACUCUCGGUUCCUCUCAGAGAGUGGGCACUCACGGCCCGAACUCUUGGGUUGCCUCACCGGAGGCACCUAUUCCCAGAGCCAUAUCGUCUUCAGCAAAGAGCUUGCUACCACAAACCCCGAGUUAACCUUCCCUAUCUUUAGUGAAAUGGUGUACAGGUUUGAAAUGGCUCCUCAUUCUGGUCAGAGGAGCAUCCUCCAGUACAUGGUACCUUGGCUGGCCAACAUGGAGCUGGUGGAGGAAAACCAGUCAUCUCCAUACAUAGCACACUCCACUGCAGCGCACGCCUCCUGGCCACGCCCCUCCUCUGCCGUCCUGCAAGGGACUGGCUGGGGUUCUCUGGAUGGUACAAAGUUGGUUCUGCACAACCUCCUCUACAUCACUGCCAAGUUUGGCGAGGAGCAUACUGCAGAGGUGGAGGGUCUCUGGAGUGCCCUCUGCUCGUGGCAAAACAACCUGAGGAUUACCAUCAACUACUUGGCCCGUCUCACGUGUGCCUGUGGGAACAUGGCUGUCAUGGUCCAGCAUGCCAAGAGGAUCAUGGUCAGUUUCAGUCACAGUCACGCUUCAGCUAUCAUCACUGAACUCAUCAGAGACCUGCAGUCUGUGGAGAUCAUAUCAGCAGAGCUGCAGCCCAGUGACUCUCCUCCAUUCUACUGCAUGUCAGGUGGCCAGGGUGAGGGUAGGAGGGAAAGAGAGGGGAAGAGGGAGGCAAAGGGGUCGGAGGGGGAAGAGUGGAGUGUGAGGUGGAGGUCUGCAGUGAGGGGCAGGGAAGGCAGUCCUGUAGCUCUGCCAGUUCCUCCUUCUUUUAAGCAGCACUUUGCCAGCCUCAAAACCCUGCUCAAGUUACCAGUGAGACAGCUGGUACCUCUGCACAGGUGUAACUUUGCUCUGAUGAUUUUGUCGGAGCUGGUGCUGGAGUUGCAGAGUGAGGUGGAGUGGACGGAGCAUCUUCCUCUACUGCUGCAUGUGGGUUUGCUGGGAUUGGAUCUGCUGAGACCACUUGUCUAUGAACACAGCAAGGCUCUGCUGGGCAACUUAGUGAUUGUAGUAGCCUGCAAAGACAACAUGCUAGCUGCUCUACAGGCCAGGCUAGUACAGCAAGAAAUGAGUCCGGCUCCUCUCCUUGCUCUCCUUUCGAGGCCAUGGAACAUGCUGACUGCAUCUCCUCUGAGAGGAGUCUUCCUCGCCAAGCCAGCUCCAGCCUUGUCCAAGAUGCUCAGGAACUCAUCAAACAUAUAUCUCAACGGGAGUGUCGUCGACCACGCUGGCCGUUUGCUGACAUCAGCAACUGCAGUGGAGAGGUGGCAGACCUGUCUUUUCUGGUUAACAAGAUAAUCAGAGUGUUCAGCUAUGCCAGCCCUUCAGAGCUCAAGGUUGACUUGUUCUGACACUGUGUUGUAAAUAGUUCUCUGGCCACUAUUAACCCACAAGGCUAACGUUUGCUGACUUACCUUGGUAACUAAGCAAAAUAAAUGCGGGGUGAUAGUUAGGAAAUCGUUGGGACAAUGACAAACACAAAAGGGCAUGCAUGUAUCACUCACUAAUCCCAUGUUCUUGAUUUUGUUGAUGUAGGAAAAAUGGGCCCGGAAGGCACUGAACUGGGCAACAUCAUGCUCCAGUCACCAGUAUGCCAGCCAGUCUUUCCAGGUGUGUCGAGCCCUGCAGCUGCCGCUCAGUCCACACAUGUUCAGAGAGAUCUUAACCAGGCUUGCUGAAUCUGCUGCUGAUACCAAUGAAGACAUGCAGAGCUAUGUAAUGGAGAUUGUGCUGACUCUCGAGUGCGCACUGGACCACCUCCCACUGAAUGACGGAGAAGCAGUUCAAGCCUCAGUGAACAGUGGCUCUCUUCAGACAACUUCUGAACCCACACCUGCUCAGAGUAUGGAGUGUCCUCUGUCACCUCCCUCCUCAACGGACAGCAUACGGAGACACCACCGGGUCCGCUCCAUCACCUCCAAACAGGAAAUGAUUCCCCAGAGACUAGUGUCUGUUCACGGCCAAAUUCAUUCGGGGCUCCCCCUGCUUGUUGCUCCUCUGCCCAGCAUCUCAUCACAGAGUCCAGCUGGGGCUGAUGGGUGCAAGGAACCAACUGAGGAAUUGAAGUUACUGGAGGAGGUGGAAGAAAGCUCUGGGCCUCCUCCUGAACUGGCAGAAGAGGAGCCAAAAGGAAGAGUUCGGAUGAAAAUUGCUCCUCUCUCAACUGCUCAGCACCUGCAUGUCUCAGGAGGGCAGCAAAAAGCCACUGGAGUGGAGCACUCCCACGCCUUUUCAGACACAGCAGCUCUGUCAAGCAGUGAGGAGACGCCCCAUAACCCCUGCUCGUCUUCCCGGCUGAGGAAAGGAUCAGAGCACCCACGUCCCUCUUGGCAUCUCUGAUGGUGGCAAGAAAGCUCACAAGCAGCACAGCUACGAAGAGGAGUCAAUGCACCCAAAACAGCAUUCCCUGGACAACAGUCACUUGAGUACCUCUCAACCUCACGGGUCACCAAAACACAGGCGUCGCAUGAGAUCGCCUGUGUUGUCCAGCAAAAAGAUGGAAAUCCCGAACUCCCUCCCACCCCAGCUCAAUCAGACCACCAGCACUCCUCAUUUCCCAACAGUCUGUCCACUAAGCCCUGACCAAGGCCUAUUCCAUCCAGCAGUUGAGACUGCCUCUCCUUAGACCUGGAGGAAGGACGCACCCAUCGCAGCUCGUCGACGGCGGAAGCACGAAUGCGACAUGAACGCCCAAAGCUGCAGCGGCAAAAGCAGAGUGUCCAGAGCACCAGCAAGGAGUCUCUCCUCAGCAGCAAUACGUUCAGUGGAUCUUUGAAUGUUGAUGAGCAUGAGGGAAGUGGAGAGAGAAGUGGGGAAGGGAGAAUGCAGUAGUGUUGUCAACAAGGAGGACCAUGAGUGUUGAUUCAGUGCCCAUGCGCUCCUCUGCAAGGAGCUUUGCUGACAUUGUGGAGUC